AUGCAGGACAACGGCGCCCACCCCACGAUUCCUACCAGAGAUUUCACCAGCACGCAGUUGGCAAACAUGAGUUUGCGCAAGACUCUUAAUGAUGUCAAGCAAAUGUACUUUGGGCACCGCUACAGACAGUGCAUUUCCCGCUGCGCGGAACUGCUGGAGUCGGAGCUCCAAGAUUUCCACCAGCUCAUCAUAGCUUACCUGUAUUUCUAUACCGCUCUCUCUUACGAUACGCUUGCUCGUGGCAUGCAUAGUUCCUCCAUGUCACGGAUUCCGACCCUUCACGAUGCCGAACACUACUUUCAAAAAGCACUACUGGCACUGCCGAAUCCUUUGCCUGUGAUUACCCCAAAUCCAAAAGAUUCGGCAGUUGUCGUUCGCAUCAACGAUCCGCCUAAAAGACAGCGCAGCUCUCAUUUGGCGCUAGAACUCUCCGUUGGCAACCACCACCGCUCUCCAGGACUCGUAUCUGUCACGAAUAUCUCCGCCAAUCCACUCUCCGCUCUAUCAGAGACUCCAUCGAAAUUACUUAUCUUUGAGCCUCGUCCCGACAACAAAUGGUCUUUGCUUCCUCCUGUCAACAAGGCAACCAACAGCGAGCUAUUCCCUACUUUUGAUCUUUUUAUUGCGGAACCACCGACCGUACCAUGCGUGCCAACUUCGCUUGGCUUUACUGCUGCCAAUAAGCUGCAACGCAACGAUUCCACUGCAAGUGUGCUGUCGGUUUCAAGCCACCAGAUCAGGCGCUACAACGAAGACCUCGCCGCCUUUACUUCCAUGCUACAAAACCACAUUUCCAGUGUUCAGGCGCUCAAAAACGCUUACUCCCUCCCGAAAACAUCACUGAAUGCCUCAGACCCAUCGGCAACCUCCAAUAGGGUAGACACAGACCAAGAGAAAAGGCAUGGCGUUAGCCUUCGAUCUGACACAGGCAAAAGCGGCAGGUUUUUGAAUGAUGCAGAGAAGGCGAUCAGGAUCAUGAGAGGGAGAGAGAGGGGAUGGGCAAGGGACAAAUUCAAUGGAAAGAGAUACGAGAAGCUACGCGAGGCUGCGCUGGCGGAGCUUUGA